AUGGACUUCCACCUGCGAUGCAAUUCCCUUAAGUGCCGAGUGCAAUUGAAGGAAAGAGCAGUGGUAACGACCUGCUCACAUAUCUUCUGUCUUGAAUGCGCAGAUGGCCUCGGGUUUUCACACCCCACAGCAGGCGGCCGCCGGUGUCCUGCAUGCCAGACGCUUCUAUCCAACCCGGAUGAUGCCGUGUCGACGAUCUUGAACCCCACGGAGGACUACAAGACCAGCGUGCUCAGCGGACUCGAUCCGAACACCGUCAUGGAAUGCGCUGGCCGAGCAUUAGGAUUCUGGGCAUACCAGAGCACACAGGAGAUAUUCUACCAAGAAUUCCUGGGGAAGAGUCUCACCGAGAAGUACGCCAGCCUGAACACCCAAAUGGAGAAGGUGUUCCACAACGCAAACUCGGAGAUAUCGACUCUUCACAGCAAGAUAUCCGACAUGCAAGCCGCGCAAGAACAGCUCGAGAAGAAGAACCAAGUUCUUGCUGAUCUGAACCGAGAAAAGUCCAAAAAGCUAUCACAGAUGACAAACCUCUACAACCUCCUUAAAGCGCGUGCCAUGCGAACCGAGAUGCAGACUGCAGCUUCGGACACGGUGUCCCAGACCUUGAACAAUCUCUCGUCACGAAAUGGCACCAUCGUUCCAACCAUUCAACCCGGUGCCCAGUCACGUCCGAUAUUUUCAAAAGCGCGCGGUCAAGCGCGCACUCCAAAGACCCCUUCGUACCCUAUGAGCCCUGAAGGGAUCGAGCAACUGCAUAGAUAUCAGCGGAGUGGUACCGGAAGUUCCCGGAUGGCAGGGGAACAGAAUGACUCCGGUACGAUGGCUCCUCCUCCAAGGAAACCCAUUUGGGAUAGAAAGAACCCUCGAGAUCUGACCUCGAACCCUCAGCAUCGUACCCGUCUUCCUCACCCGCCGCGACAGUCAACUUCACUCUCUCACCUCCCCCCAGAAGAUGAGAUACUCGCACGUUUUGGGCAUUAA